AUGGUUGGUGUGCCCGUGCAACCGCCGCGCCAGGCUGCAGAACUGCCCGAGGAGGACCAGCUUAAAUUCAAGGAAAUGGCAAUACAUUUACUGGAUCGCACUUUGCGCGAUCUGGACGAGCAUGACAUGGAAGCGCGGGCACAUGACAAGCAAGACCCACGUUUGUGGAAAAGAAUUCACCAUAAGGAGCACUUUACCACCUACACGCGCUGCGAUAACGCACCCGAGGCCGCUUACAUCGCAGCUGAUGGUGGACGUAGCACCACGUCGCGCCCAUCCAAGGACGUGGUCUUGGGUAUGGGAUACGUACAGUGCUCACUCAGCGAGCUCAUGUACGGUGUUUUUAUGAGUAAUAACCAAGCAAUGGCGCUUAAAACUGCUGUAGUGGACAAAAAUAUCGGCAACGGCGCCGUGCUGCUGCAGCUUUUGGGCCCGACUGAAGAGGAUCCAUUCCGGUUUUUAGCCUUGAAAUGGAUCGAAGUACGCCCUCCGCGCGGGGUAUCUGGUAAGCUGGUGGCACCUAGAGAAGUCAUGUUUCUUGGUGGCACCGGCACGCUCAAACGACGUGACACUGGCGAAUUCAUUGGCUACGAAGUGCAUCACUCAAUUGACCACCCUGCCUUCCCACCUGUUGACGGGCUGCGCCGCACUCGCAUCCUUAUCGGAUCAAUUUACCGCGAGCGACCGAACGGAACAGUCGACUUGUUUAUUAAGAGCUACAGUAUGGAGGCCGAUAUGGGCAGCAUCUUGGGCCCACUGGCUAUGGCUCACGCCGCUAAGUGCAUCGAGCAGGUCUGGACUGUGCCCGAGUUUGCGUACGCUAAAAAACUGCGAUGGUGUAUUGACCAUCGCGUGCACGGCAACAGCGUAAAGGCAUUUCAGGCUAAGCUUGCUAAGCGCUGUGCCACAUGCAAUAGAAGCGUAGCCAAGGUCUGGCUAUCUAGAACCGUGCAAAAGGUAUGUAAUCUAUGCAAGGCGCCGUUGUGCUCCAGCUGUAGUAUCAAGAAAGAACUUUACGAAAUUGACCCACACUUUCGAGCGCGAAAGUUUACAGUGCGAAUUUGCCCUCCUUGUCGCGAGUUUGUCAAAAAGCUUGAUGCCAAGGAGGUCCAACGGCAAGAGAUGCUGCAUCCGCAACGCCCUGAAGCACUUAAUCCAAUGACCCCCAGCACGAUGGAUGUGCUAGCACGCAAUUUUUCAUUGGGCAACAGUUUCGGCGCAGCUUCAGAUGAAAGCUUGUGUCUUCUGGAUUCGCCUCGCUCACGCUCCAACAGCGCAAUGACAGAAUUGCUUCAUUGA